AUGUCUGUCCGAAAAGAACCCCCAUCGGGCCCCGGUAUGGCCCUCUCGAAGCGCGCAAGAGUAGAGGACGAGGCGGACGAGGGAAGCAUGGUCAUGACGGUCGCUUCUUCAGGCGAAGGGCAGCGGAAAAACGCCCUGAUAAGGAGUGUCAAGAGAACAAGUGGGCUGGAGGCGCCUAUCGUGUCUCUGUCAGGGGCUCAUGGUGGAGAGCUGACGGCUUGUGUAUUUGAUCCUUCAGGAGAGACUCUGGCAGCUUGCUCUGUCGACAGAAGUAUCUCGCUCUGGAAGACCUAUCCUCCACACACAAACUACGGCAUCCUCCCCAACGUCCACAAAACUCCCAUCCUCGAUAUUGCCUACUCUCUAGACUCCGAAACCCUCUACUCCGGCGCCGCCGAUGGUAUCCUCAUAUGGACCGACCUCCGCACCGGCGAACGCCUCUCCCGCCUCUCCGCCCACUACGGCCCCCUCAACUCCCUCUCCGUCACCAUCUCCGGCGGGCGCGAGCUCGUCCUCUCCGGCGGAGACGACGGUAUCGCCCGCGUCUGGGAUUUCAGCCUCGACGUCAAAGACCCCGUCGCCGAAUUCGACGACGGACGCGACUGCCCCGUGACUGCCGUCGCAUGGAGCUCGGACGGGAACCAGGCGUUUGUGGGCGGGGUGGAUAAUGAGAUCAAAGUAUGGGACUUGCGCACUUGCACCAUCCUCUACACCCUCCGCGGGCAUACCGACACUAUCGCCUCCCUCUCCCUCUCGCCCAACGGGCACUACCUCGCAUCAUACUCCCUCGACUCUGUGCUCAUCAUAUACGACGUCCGCCCCUUCUGCCAAGACCCCACCAGGGUGUACAGGACCCUCUCGGGCGCGCCGGCGGGCUUUGAGCAGGCGUUGAUUAGGGUGGCGUGGACGAGGCAUGAUGGGGGGCAGAAGAUUGCGGUGGGGGGAGGGGAUAGGACGGUCACGGUGUGGGAGGUGGAGACGGGGAAGAUUGUUUACAAGUUGCCGGGGCAUAAGGGGACGGUGACGGGCGUGGCUUUCCACCCAAAAGAACCAAUCAUCCUAACAGGAUCAAAAGACACAAACAUGCUCCUCGGUGAACUCGACGCUCAAGACUUUUCAUAG